UUGGACUGGCUGGCGAGUGAAAUUUCUGGGAGAAGAGGCUGCCCAGGAAGUCAGACGGAGGAGCGGGAGAGAUGAGUUGUCGCAGGGAGGGGGUGAGAACGCUGGAGAACUGGACAGAGGAGGCCUGAGCCGGACUGGAGAGGAGAGGCGACCUGACCAGCCUCUUAACUGUGGGGCAAGGAAGCAGUUGCGGACGAGGGCGGAUUCCUUGUGUGUUUCUGGUCUGCUUCUCACUAAAGUGAGCCUUGAAGCGAGAACAAGAUGCUGGAACCACAAGAGAGAAACUUGAUUGACCUUCCGGAUUAUGAUCAUGUAGAAGAUGAAACUUUUCCUCCUUUCCCACCUCCAGCCUCUCCGGAGAGAGGAAAUGAUAAAGGUGCUGAACCUGAUGAAGAGUCAGGGAGAGGAGCACCUGUUCCCGUACCUCCAAGGAGAACAGUUAAAAGAAAUUUACCCAAGUUGGAUGCUCAGCGAUUAAUAUCAGAGAGGGGGCUUCCAGCCUUAAGGCAUGUGUUUGAUAAGGCAAAGUUCAAAGGUAAAGGUCGUGAGGCUGAAGACUUAAAGACAUUGAUCAGACACAUGGAGCACUGGGCACAUAGGCUAUUCCCUAAACUGCAGUUUGAGGAUUUUAUUAACAGAGUUGAAUACCUGGGAAAUAAAAAGGAAGUUCAGACCUGUUUAAAACGAAUUCGGCUUGAUCUCCCUAUUUUACAUGAAGAUUUUAUUAGCAAUAAUGAUGAAGUAGGGGAAAAUAAUGGAGAUGAUGUAAUUGCUACCGAAUUUGAUGCCUUUUUGACAAACUCAUCUGAAAGUGACAAGUUUGCUUCUCAGUCAAAUAGAAGCUUAACAGAAGAGCAACAACAAAGAAUUGAGAGAAAUAAACAACUAGCCUUGGAAAGAAGACAGGCAAAGCUACUGAGUAACAGUCAGUCCCAAGGAAAUGACUUGAUAGUGAACACACCUAUAGCACAGACAGUUGAAGAGGAUAAUACAGGUGAAGAUCAAAAAGAGGAUUCAAAUGGAUUAAAUGAAGACAUUUUGGACAACCCACAUAAUGCUGCUGCUGCCAAUACUAUAAAUGUAGAGGAGGAGUUAAAAUUAGAGAAAAUGCAACCGGACUAAUCUUUUAAAAAUGUUACAAUAAUCACUAUGUUUUGUCAAGAAAUGAUGGUACUGAAGUUAGAUAAGAUUCAACUAAGAGAGAAAAUGUACCUAUUAACUUACUAUCCUCCAAGUUUGGGGGUACUGUGUAUUUUGUCUCCUUUGAAUGAAAAUCCUUUCAUAGUAAAGUUUUUGCAGAUUUCCACUUUAAAAUCUGGUAUUUAUUUAUAAUUAUGCUUUUCAUUUAUUUAUUAGCUUUAGUUAACAGUCUGUUCUCUUUAGUGUUUAUUUUUAUAUAGAUGGAUAUUGCUUCAUAAAAUGAUGCGUAGUUAAGCAGUUUUUGCUAGUGUGCCAUUGAUGCCUUGUUUUCACUAAAUUAUGUGAUUUUGAGAUGUAAAUAUAUAUUAUUAAUGUCUGUUUAAAAAAAUAAACGAAAAUUAUUUUACAAACUA